AUGAGCAUAACUGAACUUAGCAAUUAUGCUGAAGAAUUGGUUAAACAUUUGAAAGAUGCAAAGGCCCAUGACCAUGCACAAAAUCAGAUCCAGAAAUUAGGAUUUAGUAAAGAUCAAACAUAUGCAUUAAUUCCUAUUCAAACUUCUGGAAGAUGUGUUACAGGUCGAGAUCUGGUUAAGAAACUUGAUUUGUAUAUUAAGAAAAAUGAAACCAAUCUCAAACCUGAAUGGAUAAGCGAAUUGGCCCAUAAUUUGGCAAAAACGAGACUCACUGUUAUAGCUCAAUCUUCUCUUCUUAAAUUGCUCCAGAAAAAAUUACACCAACUCAAUGCCAAUUACAUUACAUUAGAAGCUAUAUAUGAUCCAAACAUUACUCAAAGAUCAAAUAAAGAACAAGUGAUAAAUCAGGAGCUCCGUGAAGACAAGAGAUACGAUUGUUCUGAAUUCUUUUACUUGGAAAAUGUCCAGAAAAGACUUAAGGAUUGUAACAUUACUAAUUCCCCUACAAUGCAAAAUUUAAUGGAUAUAAUGAUAAUGUUAUCUAUGAGGUCGGCAGAUGUUGCAAAUCUUCGUAUUGAUUACUAUAAACCAUCUAAUGCUAAUUGGUAUGAUUCUAAAUAUUCUUGGUACUGCACUAGAUAUGCAAAAAAUAAAAAAGAUGAACCUAGAUCAUUAGUAUCUAUGAAGAAAGAUCUACUACUAGCUAGAGAAUUACUUAUUUGGAUCCAGAAAGCAAUUCCUAAUGAAUUCACAUUUUUAAUAAAAGAUAAAGAUGGUGAUGUAAAUGUUCAUCCAAUUAAUAAUUUUCUAGCAAUUUAUGGAAUAAGCUCAUUGUAUUUGAGAAAAAUAGGAUCUGACUAUGCUAUUAUAAUCCAUGAAGGUCAUCCAAACUCUCUUGCAAGUAAUAUCACAAUAUGGAAGCUAAAUAAUUGUCAUAAAUGUAAUAAAGAAAUUUUGUUAAAUCCACCUAAAGCAUUUAUCACAUUCAUGUGUGAUCAUAUACUCCAUCAUGACUGUCUUGAAAAAAGUAAUAAAAAUAAGCAAAAAACUUGUCCUAUUUGUUUCAUAGAUAAUGAAAGAACGACAUUAGCUGAAGUUCAGGAUAUAGAUAUAUUAGAGGCAGUAGAAGAUGAAGAUGAAAAAACCUCUAAUCUAAUGGGAGUGGUAAGUAAAUUAUCCAUAAAUAGUGGUAAAGCUAUCUCACGAAGUAAAACAAAAUCCAUGGAACCUGAUAAAGUACAAGGUUUAAUAAAAAAACUAUCUAUGCCAAAUGAGCCAAUUGAUGAUAAUAAUAGAGGAAAUAAGAGCAAAGAAUCAAAACCAAUAACUUUACUCCAGUUAUACUAUAAUGCAAACCAGGCAGAAAAAUUUAAAGAAAUAAAAAAUGAUAACAGUAGGUACAAUGAUCAACAAGCUAGAGGGUUAGUAUAUGACAAAGUUACAACCAAUCUUCUGGGAUUUACAAAAGAUAGUUUGGGUAAAAAAACUGCAAAGGCUAGAAAUAUCUACAAGUUGUUUGGAGAAAGUUAUGACCCCAAUGCCAAAAAAAUAGUUAAGGAGAUAGAAAUUGAAAAAAUUAAGAAAAUUCGAAUAUAUAGUACUGAUUAUAUUUCAAAGCUCAAUUUUACACAAAUUUAUAAUAUUAUAAAGCAUUUUAAUUAG